AUGGCUCUUACACUUUGGAGAGACAUUUCACCACUAGGCCAACCUCUUAAGAGGCCAACUAAUAAAUCUCCCCAUGCCUUAAUAAUAGGUGGUGGUGUUACCGGAUUGAUAUCAGCUUGGGUACUUUUAGAUCGAGGAUAUCAUGUUACCAUCGUCAGUAGUGCAUGGGCAAACGAUGAACAACGUUUGACAUCACAAAUAGCUGGAGCUUUAUGGGAAUUUCCUCCAGCUGUAUGUGGUCAACAUACCGAUAAAAUCUCAUUAGCUCAUUCGAAACAUUGGUCCAUGACAGCGUAUCACAUUUGGGAUGGAAUAGCAUCCAUUCCUGGUUUCAGUGAUGCGUCUGGAGUACGAAUGAUGCCUUCGGAUUUCUUCUUUCCUGAACCUGUGGAAAGUGACAAAGCACAAGUUUCCAAGAUGACCGAGAUCAUGGCUAGUGGUGUGCGAGGAUUUUAUCGAGGAGCUGACAUAAUCGACGAAAGAGGAAUUGACCCAUCAUACGGUGCUGUAGACGCGUAUGAAUUAUUAGCACCUGUCAUCGAUACCGAUAAAGCAAUGGGAUGGCUUAUGGAACUUGUCGAAAGCAAAGGAGCUAAUCUUAUCACCGAGACCAUUCAAGAUGACCUUGUGGAGAUUGAAGAUUCAUUACUAUCUCGAUUCGAAGCCGAUGUCAUCAUCAAUUGUACUGGACUUCAAGCGCAAGAACUUGCCGGCGAUGAAAGUGUUUAUCCGAUUCGAGGUGGACUUAUUCGAGUCAUCAACGAUGGAACGGAUUUUCCAAAAGUAGAUGCGGCUUUGACUAUUACGGCAGAUGCUGCUCAUUCUGCUAAUGAGAUUAUUUUCCUCGUACCUAGGAAUGAUAACAUUCUUUUAAUCGGAGGUAUUACUGAACCUCAUGAAUGGAAUCUAGACCUUACUUUGGAUACUCCUAUCAUUCGUAGGAUGAGAGAAAGAUGCGAAAAAUUCUUACCUGGAUUAGAAAAUGCUCGUGUCGAUCCAGAAUAUCCAUUCGCUCAAGGUCUUCGUCCUUUCCGAGGUCAAAAUGUACGAGUGGAACGUGAACUUCGUAGAACAGGUAGCCGAAUUGUUCAUUCAUAUGGACAUGGUGGUGCCGGUUGGAGUUUAUCGUUUGGAUGUGCUCAAGAUGUGGCUAUGCUUGUUGAAGAAGCUUUGAAUGGUAUACCAGCAAGACCUAUGAGUGAAACAGUCUUUGAAAGGAAAGCAGCAGGAUUUCAAAGACCACAAGGACGUUAA